AGAGCGACGUCCAGCGUGCUGGAUUUGCGUUUCCUCGGAGACUAAAACCUGUUAGCACCUAGAGCGGGGCGUGACUGCCGAGAGGUGGCAGCAGCAUGGGGACUCCCGGGGGCCUGCACUCGGACUUCGAGACGCUUCUCACGCGUUUCCAGGAGACCGAUAGCGUCCGAUUCGAGGACUUCACCGCACUAUGGAGGGACAUGAAGUUUCAUACUAUUUUUUAUGGUAGAACAAGACAUAUGGAAAAGAACAAGUUUACAAAAGAAGCUUUAUCUCUGGCUUGGAAAUAUUUUCUACCUCCAUACACCUUCCAGAUCAGAGUUGGUGCUUUGUAUCUUAUGUAUGGACUAUAUAAUACACAACUCUGUCAGCCAAAGCAAAAGAUUAGAGCAUGCCUUAAAGAUUGGGAUGAAGUUAUGAAAUUUCAGCAAGAUCUGACAAAUGCACAACAUUAUGAUGCUUCUUAUAUUCUUCGGAAGCUGCGAUUAGACAAAGCCUUCCAUUUUACAGCAAUGCCCAAACCUCUUUCAUAUAGAAUGAAGAAAAAUAUUCCAAGAACUGAAGUUACAGAGGAAUUUAAGGAACCAAAUGACCGAGUAAUGAAGCUUAUCACUGCUGACACAUUAGAGGAAAUUAUGAAUAUCCAUGAGCAUUACCAGGAAAUGAAGCAAAUAAUUUCAGCAGAUAAGUCCCAGCCUGACAAAGCCCUUAGCUUGAUAAAAGAUGAGUUUUUAGUCAACAUUAAAAAUCUGGUUUUAGAACAUAAACAGUGGCAUGAAGACAAAAAGAAGCUGUUCACGAAAGUUAAAAAUGAAGAUGACCAAAAAGAAAAGGAAGGAAGUUCACAAGAAUUGGAAGGUUCUGAAAGAGCAGGAGCAUUGGCUAAAAUAAAAUCCAAGGCCUAUUCAAUUGUCACUCAGGCAUCCAAGUCAAGAAGACACCGUCAGGUUAAACUUGAACCACUUGAAUCAGAAUUAGUUAAAAAGCUAGGCAAGACACCUUGUAGUAAAAGAAAUAAAGAAAAAUUGGAAUCAGAAGAGGAAACAUCAUCUCAAAUUAAAGAUUUCCCAGCACCUAAGAGGAAAAGAAGAUGCUGACCCAAGAACUUGGACUAUAUACUUUUUAUGAAAUUUGAAUUUCUGGACAGUUAACAUCUUUAUGUGGUGAACAUAAAGAUUGAAAGUGUUAAAAUCAGCUGUUCCGUAUUUCUUCUGCACUACCAUAGCAAUUCUUCAUGGAAAACUUGGUUUCUGCUGGUCUUUAUAUGGUUUCAAAAUUGCCUUAACACAGUUGUGGCCAUGUUAAUUAUUAUAUAUUAUUAUUUUAAAUUAAACUUUAAUUUAGCUGGAA